AUGUCAAUCCCACACCUUCGCAAGACCAAAACCUCAAGCCAGCUCAUCGUCAAUGGCGAACCUUUCCUCAUGCUCAGCGCCGAGCUGCACAACUCCACAUUGAGCUCAGCAAAGUACAUGGCCGAUGACAAGAUAUGGCAGAAUAUGCGCGCAAUGCACAUUAACACGCUGCUCGGUUCAGUAUCCUGGGAACAGAUUGAGCCUGUAGAGGGUCAGUUUGACUUCUCGAAUCUCGAUGCUGUGAUUUUGGCGGCGCGCGAACACGGCAUCAAGCUCGUGUUACUUUGGUUCGGAAGCUUCAAGAACGCGCUCAGUACAUAUGUGCCCGCUUGGGUCAAGAAGGAUGUGAAGAGGUUCCCGAGAGUACAUGCGCUGGAAGCAGGAGGCAAGCGGAGAACGCUGGAGCUGUUAAGUCCAUUCUGUGAGGCGGCAUGGACGGCUGACGCAAAGGCAUUCGCGAAACUUACGGCCCAUCUGAAAGAAUUUGAUGGACAGCAUAGUACUGUGCUAAUGGUGCAAGUUGAGAACGAGACUGGCUUAUUGGGCGAUUCUAGAGAUCGCUCAAAGAUUGCCGAUAAGAAGUUCCAGGAGCCCGUACCGAAAAAGCUGCUUGAACACCUGCAGUCAAACAGUGCUCGGUUACACCCAGAGUUUCAGAGACGGUACAACGUCAGCGCAGCUAAAGCAGGCGAAACAUCAUGGACAGAGCUUUUUGGUGCUGACGACAUCAUCAACGCUAAUGAGAUGUUCAUGGCAGAUGCUUACUCAAAGUACAUUCACCAUGUCGCAUCCGCUGGCAAAGCCGAAUAUCCGAUACCUCUGUAUGCCAACGUCUGGCUGAACUUCGACAACCCUACGGAUCUCGAUCUUACCGACAUACCAGUUGUAGUGGGUGGCGGAGAAAAGGCCGGCAUCUACCCAUCCGGCGGCCCAUGUCCGCAUACAAUGGACGUCUACACCUUCAAUGCCCCCAGCCUAGACUUCAUAGCACCGGACUUAUACUUUCACGACUACGAGAUGACCUGUCAAAACUACAGACAUGGCGGUCAACCACUGUUUAUACCCGAACAGAGGCGUGAUGAGAAAGGUGCGCGACGGAUCUGGAGCGCUUAUGCCAACUACCUCGCGCUGGGAUGCUCUCCGUUCGGUAUCGAUUCUCUUGCAGCAUCCGAAAGCGCUUUCACAAAGCACUACGGCUUGAUCCAUUCAUUGCGAAAGCAGAUUCUGGAAGCGCAGGCGAACCGGCCUGAAGAUAUGAUGGGCUUUUUCUUCGACGACUUUGUCGAUGGCCAGAAGAUCAGCGAGAAACCUCGAACAAAGACUAUCGGAGGCUUCCAGGUCAUCAUAGAACGUGCAUUCGUUUUUGGUAAGCCGGGACCUGGAGCAGGCAUGGUCAUACACCAGGGGGACGGGAAAUUCCUGUGCGCAGGCUGGGGCUUCAACCUCUCCUUCAAGAGCGCCAACCCCAAGUCAACUUUCACCGGCAUAUUACACGCAGAGGAGAAGGAAGUCAACCCGGAGACCUGCGAGCUGUCGACGCUGAAGAUUCUAGGUGGUGAUGAGACAAGAAGUGGCGAAUUUUUGAUCAUGCCGAACGAAGACCCCGACUAUGGAGGUUUUCCCAUCGCAGUGACUAUCCCAGCCAGAACAUGCAUUGCCGAGUGCUGGGCAUAUAGCCUCGAAGAAAGUGAGGAGGACUUUUGA